AUGGGCCUGACGCCAAGCUGCUGGGUGUCAGGGCACCCGAGGGAGCCGGAGGUGGGGCGAGGCGUGGCACCGCGCCGCAUGCUCACCUGGCCCUGCAUGGCAACAGGCAAUGGAGCUCUAGGUCCCUUCGGGAGCGGACCCACGCCCGGUUCGAGAGGCAGCGGGUGGCAAGGGAGGGAGGGCAAACUGGCAGCCCCUGGCAACCUGGGGCUGACGGCAGGAGGCUGGGCACACCGCGGAUUUCCCUCCGCCAGCAGGAUGGUGAACCUGGAGUCUGUGCACGCAGCCGUGCCCGAAGGAGAAAGUGGCCCCGGGUGUGGUGGCAGCCAUCACUUCAAGGAGAUCAAGAUGAGCGGGGAUGCGGCAGAUUCCACAGACACCCGGCACGAACCGGACCAGGUGGAGCCAGGCAAUGAACAGAAUGGGCUGGACUUUAACAGGCAGAUUAAAACCGAAGACCUCAGCGACUCGUUGCAAUCUGCCAUCCCCCCUAGGUCAGGUCACCUCGUGCAGGGAUCAUCGAUGAUGCCUGGAAGCCAAAUUGCAGGGGAUAUGAGCUCCCUCCACACCCUGCAGCAGCUCGUGUUGCUUCCUGGACAUAUGCAGUCAGUUCCCCAAUUUCUCCUGUCCCAGUCUCAGGCAGGACAGCAAGCUUUGCAGCCAAACCUCCUCUCCUUCCCUCAGCAGCAGGGCAGCCUCCUCCUCUCCCAGCCAGGACCCAGCCUGGCAUCACAGGCUGUGGGUCGUUCUGGGCUCCCUGGCUCAUCAGUGGAGCCCCACCUGGAUGUCCCCCAGCAUUUGCAAGUGGCAAAGCACCUGACUCCCUCAGGGGCAUCAGAGGAGCCAAGUGACCUGGAGGAGCUGGAAAAGUUUGCCAAGACCUUCAAACAGAGGCGGAUCAAGCUGGGGUUCACACAGGGGGAUGUUGGACUGGCCAUGGGGAAGCUCUACGGCAACGACUUCAGCCAGACCACCAUUUCCCGCUUCGAGGCCCUCAACCUCAGCUUCAAGAACAUGUGCAAGCUCAAACCCCUGCUGGAGAAGUGGCUGAGUGAUGCAGAAUCUGCUCCUUUGGAUUCUUCCAUGAGCACCCCCAAUUCCUACCCCUCAGUGAACGAGAUGUUUGGACGGAAAAGGAAGAAGAGAACCAGCAUCGAGACCAACAUUCGCUCCACGCUGGAGAAGAGAUUCCAAGAUAACCCCAAGCCCAGUUCAGAGGAGAUAUCCUUGAUAGCAGAGCAGCUCUCCAUGGAAAAGGAGGUGGUUCGGGUCUGGUUCUGCAACCGGCGCCAGAAGGAAAAGCGGAUCAGCUGCCCGAUGCCAUCCCCCAUCAAAUCACCCAUCUACAACUCCAGACUGGUCUCUACCUCAGGGUCCUUGGGGCCCCUCUCUGUCAAUCCAGUGCACAGCACCAUGCCUGGGACUGUAACAUCAUCGUGUUCCCCAGGGAACUCCAGCAGGCCCUCAUCCCCUGGCAGUGCCCUCCAUGCCAGCAGCCCCGGCACAGCCCAGAGCAACUCCAAAGCUGCCAUGAACUCUUCUGGUUUCAACUCUUCAGGAUCCUGGUACCGAUGGAACCAACCUACCUACCUCCACUGAGACCACCCCUCCACCGUGUGUCAAAGGAGCUCUGACUCCGAGCCAUGGACCAACUCCUCCAGGAAUAAUUCCUGGGGCAACACCCCGGCCUUCCAGUGCCUUCCAAGCGCUGCCACGCGAAGGUCUUGUCCAAGGGAACCCCUUGGAGCCGCGGAACUCUCCAGGGACUCAAACUGCAGCCGCUUUCCCCCGAGGAUUCCCAGCCCCACGAACGUUCCCUCCACGAGCGAGCCCUUGCUUAGCCCUGCCCGCAUGUCACACACUGCCCUCUGCUUGCAAGCCUCUGCAUCCUCGCUGGAACUGCCUGGCAGGCUCUAACCUGGAAGGAUUUCUUGUGUCAGAACUCUCCUUUCUCCCCCUAAACCCGUUUUCCCACGAGGGAGGGUCUCUCCUGCUGUUGCUGCCACGCACACACCCCACGAGCCCCAAACUGAGCCGAGGGUACCCAGUUCAUUUCACCACAGACCUGUGUCCACACGUGGGCCUUGAUUUUCCAUAGAUUUCCAAGGCCAACUCUGCUUUAUCCACUUCCAAACUUGCUUUGCUUUGAGCCAUUCUGCUCUUUUCCAAAGGUGCUUUUUUUUUUGUUUUCA